CCGAUUUCGACAAUUAUAUGAUAUCAACAGGUGUAUUUUGAGAAAAAUAAUAAAAAUUGAAAAUUGCAAAAAUUUUGUUUAAUGGACUCAUCAACACGACCGUAUAUUCAAACAGUACUUGGUCCAAUUGAACCGAAUCAAUUAGGAUUUACUUUAUGUCAUGAACAUCUUUAUCAUAAAGCUUAUACAUCUUAUUUUGUUACAAAACCAUUGGACAAUAAAUAUGUUCAUUUGAAUUCAACACCGGUUAUCAAUGAAAAUCUUUGGUAUACUGCCUAUCAUCCACAUACACAUGAAGAUAAUCUAGAUUUGACUAGUGUUGAAGUACAAAAUGCUAUUGAAAAUGAAUUGAAAUUUUUCAAAACAAAUGGUGGUAAUUCAAUGGUUGAAGUUACUACUUUUGGUACCGAUCUAACACGAUUAGCUGAAUUUUCUAGAAAAUCCAAUGUUAAUAUUAUAGGUAGUACUGGUUUCUAUGUACAUCAAGCAUUUUCAGAAUCAAUUCGAUCAAAAUCGAUUGAAAAUCUUUAUGAUAUAAUGAAAAAUGAAUUUAUUUUGGGUGUGAAUGGUAUUAAACCUGGUGUUAUUGGUGAACUUGGAUCAUGUUGGCCAAUUGAUUCAUUUGAAAAAAAUGUUUUGAUUGCAGCUGCUCAAUUACAAAAUGAAUUAAAAUUACCAGUAAUCAUUCAUCCAGGUCGUCAUUCUGAAGCACCAUUCGAAAUUAUUCGAAUAUUUAGUGAAGCUGGUGGCAUUGUUUCGAAAACAAUCAUGUCUCAUCUUGAACGUACCUUAAAUAUUGAACAAUUAAUUGAUUUCGCUCAAACCGGUGUGAUUUGUGAAUUUGAUUUAUUUGGUACAGAAAUAUCUUAUUAUGAAGCAGCAGAUAAUUUUGAUAUGCCUAAUGAUUCUGCUCGAAUUUGUUUAGUAAAAAAAUUAAUCGAUGAAAAUUAUGGUGAUCAUAUAACAAUAUCACAUGAUAUUCAUACAAAACAUCGUUUAAUGAAAUGGUCUGGACAUGGUUAUUCACAUAUUAUAUUGAAUGUUAUACCAAAAAUGCUUCGUCGUGGUAUAACUAUCGAACAGAUUGAUCAGAUUAUGAUUAAAACACCAUGUCGAUGGUUAACUAUUGGCCAAAUCUAAUAGAUCCUUUGGGAAAAAAAUUGAAAUUUUCAUUCAAAAUUCAAAUC